AUGAGUGAGGCGGGUCGGGUGCCCUCGCCCGCCGCGCCGCUGGCAGAGGCGGCGGCCGCGCCUGAGGAGAGGAAAGGGAAGGAGCCGGAGCGCGAGAAGCUGCCGCCCAUCGUGUCUGCGGGCGCCGGCGCUGGCGCGACCGCGAGUUUGGACAGAGAAGCCAAAAGCCAAAUUUCCACUUUCAGCAAUUUUACUUCAACUAUUAGCCAGAAGAAAGAAACCACUGAAAACAGAAGUUCACCUACACAUCUUGUUUUCCCUAACAUCAAGAAUGUGAGAGACCCACCACCAGUUUGCCUUGAUGUUAGACAAAAACAGCGUAUCUCUGUAGAUUCAUUAUCAUCUGAAACGAAGGCCCCAGCCCUUCCAGAAUCUAUCCUUCCAGUCCAGCCCAAAACUAUGAAAGACUUUCAGGAAGAUAUGGAAAAAGUUAAGUCAUCAGGAGAUUGGAAAACAAUACAUGAUUUUUAUCUAACAACAUUUGAUUCUUUCCCAGAAUUAAAUGCUGCAUUUAAGCCUCAAGACAUUCAGAAGACAGUAUUAAAGGGAAUCAUUAACAGCCUGUUACGAGAAUGGAAAGGUCCACGAACAAAAGAUGAUCUUAGAGCAUAUUUUAUACUUUUACAGAAUCCUCAAUUUAAUAACACAUCUACGUAUGUCAUCUAUGCCCACUUGCUACGACAGAUAGCUACCUUAGUGGAAGCUGACCAUCAUUUCCUAGCUCACUGGUUUAAAAAAUUAUCCCAGAAGAGGUUCAAACAAUUGGUAGAGAGAUUGCUGCAAUUUAUUUCUUUACGCCUGUUUCCUGCAAAGCCUGAAGAAUUUCCACCUAUAACAAAGUGUUCCUGGUGGAUACCAUCAGCCUCUAAAGUGUUGGCUUUACUUAAUACUGCAAACAAUUUGGUUCACCCUCCCCUUAUUCCUUAUACCGAUUUCUAUAAUUCUACAUUGGAUCACAUUGAUCUCAUGGAAGAGUAUCAUACUUGGCAGAGCUUUGGAAACUCUCACAGGUUUUCCUUCUGUCAGUACCCAUUCGUUAUUUCUAUAGCUGCAAAAAAAAUCAUUAUUCAAAGAGACUCAGAACAACAGAUGAUAAGCAUCGCAAGGCAAAGUCUGGUGGAUAAAGUAUCUCGAAGACAGAGACCUGAUAUGAAUAUGUUAUUUCUAAAUAUGAAAGUAAGGCGGACACAUCUGGUUAGCGAUUCACUUGAUGAGUUAACCCGGAAAAGAGCAGACUUGAAAAAGAAGUUGAAAGUUACAUUUGUAGGGGAAGCUGGUUUGGAUAUGGGUGGUUUGACUAAAGAGUGGUUCCUCCUUCUAAUUCGCCAAAUUUUUCAUCCAGAUUAUGGCAUGUUUACAUAUCACAAGGAUUCACAAUGCCAUUGGUUUAGCAGCUUUAAAUGUGAUAACUAUUCUGAAUUCCGAUUGGUUGGAAUUCUUAUGGGACUAGCUGUUUAUAACAGCAUCACCUUGGAUAUUCGUUUCCCUCCUUGCUGUUACAAGAAAUUAUUGAGCCCUCCCAUCGUUCCUAGUGAUCAAAACAUACCAGUAGGCAUCUGCAGUGUUAACAUUGACGACUUAUGUCAAAUUAUGCCUGAGUUGGCCCAUGGAUUAAGUGAACUCUUAUCAUACGAAGGCAAUGUUGAAGAAGAUUUCUAUUCAACAUUCCAGGUUUUUCAAGAAGAAUUUGGAAUAAUUAAGUCCUAUAAUCUGAAGCCGGGUGGUGAUAAAAUUCCAGUUACCAAUCAAAAUAGGAAAGAAUAUAUACAGCUUUAUAUUGACUUCCUUCUCAACAAAUCCAUCUAUAAGCAGUUCUCUGCAUUUUAUUAUGGAUUUCAUAGUGUGUGUGCUUCAAAUGCCCUAAUGCUGCUUUGUCCAGAAGAGGUUGAAAUUCUGGUCUGUGGAAGUCCUGAACUGGAUAUGCACGCUCUGCAAAGAAGUACUCAGUAUGAUGGCUAUGCAAAAACAGACUUAACUAUAAGAUACUUUUGGGAAGUUGUGCUUGGAUUUCCUCUUGAUCUUCAAAAGAAGUUGCUACAUUUUACUACAGGAAGUGACAGAGUACCUGUAGGAGGGAUGGCUGAUUUGAACUUUAAAAUCUCAAAGAAUGAAACUUCUACUAACUGGUUACCUGUGGCCCAUACCUGCUUCAAUCAACUUUGCCUUCCCCCCUACAAGAGCAAAAAAGACCUGAAACAGAAAUUGAUCAUUGGAAUUUCAAAUUCAGAAGGCUUUGGACUCGAGUAACCUAGAAGACUUGA